ACAAACGAAAAAACAGGUCAACGGAUGUUCCCAGAUAAACCAAACAGGAGUCCCCAGUAUGAAAAUGCCUGACUAAGCGUAGUCCGGAUGGCAGCGGCCAGCUCGACUUUUCUUAAUGGCAGAGUCGGCUAAAGGCAGAGCCGUCGGGCGGUGUUGGCGGCUAUGGUCCGAAAGGUGGAUCUCCAGGAUUUCGGGGGCCGAGGCAAAAGUGGUGCUGUCCGGAAACAGGCGAGAAGAUACAAGCAGGAAAGAGGCAGGCCAGAGAAAACCAAUAAGAAAGAGGGUACAGCCUACGGGCCCAGCGCCAGUGCCGCAGCGGGGCCCGCGCUGGAGCCCACCUGGAUCGGAACACCGUUGUGAGCGUUUGUCUGGUGGGUUUGUUUGGAAUACCGACCAACUAGGAAGGCCAUCAGCUUUUUUGGCCGCGCGCCGAGCCGCCGCCAUGCCAUGUUGGGUCUGUCGGUCGAGGCUCGCGCCGGGUGCAGGACCAGACCACAGCUGGGUGCAGGAGCAGGCGGCACCCGGUACAGGAACACUCCAUAUCCGGCCUAAUGACUACUUGUUCAAGAACGGUUCUUAUAGACGGAGGCUGGUUGGUGGGGCGCGAGGCGGUUCUCGGCGUCAACGGUGCUUGGUUUUGACUUUGGCCCUCUGAUCGCCGGGCCUGGAUGUGUGCAUUUCUGCGGCUCGCUGGCUCCGGCCCGCAUGCUCACUACUUCUUGGAACGACCCUCUUCAUUGGUUUCCUGGCCUGGACUCGGGGAUCAGUCGCAGGGGCGCUUUUCGGCACUGCAAGCCCUUGUUGCCAUACAUGCCGGCAGCAGCCUGCAAAAUGAUGGUUUUCGGAAGAGAAGCAGCUGACAUAGAGAUAGCUGACAUAGGGACAGCUGAUGGAUAGAGACAGCU